AAUGGUAUAAAAAAUUAGCUGGACCAAAUAACAAAUUUUUUAUUGGAAAUGAUGAAUUAAUAGACAUAGAGAGAACGAAUGAUGAAAUAGCUGAAAACCCGAUUGUAACUGAUAUUAGUAAUCCUCUUAAUUGUAUUCAGUUUAAUAAGCCUACUGUUAGUGUUAGUGAUAGUAAUAAAUCAAAUAUUUGGAAUAAUACAGAUGAAGUCAUUUCAGAAUUUAUUUCAGUAAAGGCAACUAUUUCCCCUGGAAUAUCUGCAAAUUCAUAUAUUGAAGUUGAGAAAUUACAGAAAUUACUUAUUAGCCGAAAAGAUGAUAUUGACUGUAUAUUAAAAUUACAGCCUGUAUAUGUCAUAGGAUUUGAUUUUCGCAAAAAUUCUACUAGACCAUGUAUUGCUUGCUGGGUUGCUAAACCUCUUGACAUUCCGAUUCUAGAAUGUCUUGAAACCAUAUUUGAAGAUCAAUUUGAA